GUUGUCCUGAUCUAAUCUACUCCUUAAAUGCGCAUAAGUUCCAGUCUUGACUCAUCCUGUCUACGAAUCUACAUUAUUUGAACGUCAAAACCACGAGCGGUCUUAAUCAACGACGACCACCAAAACCACCAGGAUGAACACCACCGGACUUCACACCAGAGAGCUCAGCCCCGGCUUCGGGAUUGAAGCACACAGUUUUCCACUUCACCCAACCUCACUCGAGCAAAGCGCCCGCCUAAUCGAAGACCUCGUCAAGGAAUACGGCUUCCUCGUCAUACGCAAAACCAACCUAACAGACGAAACCCACAUUGCCCUAGCCCGGCACCUUGGCGACCUAGACGAUGUCAAACCCUACAACAAGGCAGGCCGAGCCAACCGCCUCCAAUACGACGAGCUCUUUGACGUAGGCAACAUCGAGGCAGAUGGAUCGGUCGUCGACCCCAUAUCUCCACGCGCCCAGGCUGGAUUAGGUAAUGCCCUAUUUCACGUUGAUUCGAGCUUUAAUCCACGAAGGGCGGGUUAUUCUCUCCUUCUAGCUCAUGAGUUGCCUCCAAGGGGUACGGGUGGAAGUACGGAGUUUUGCGAUACGAGAGCUGCAUGGGAUGAUCUUGAGGAGGAGAUGAAGGUGAAGUUGAUUGAGAAGGACUACGUUGCGUGUCAUUCUAUCCUGCAUUCCAAGAAACUUGCCGCCCCGGAGCACUUUGCAAACAUCGAACCCGCAGAUUAUCCCAUGGGACGACACGAACUCGUCCAAACCCACGAGCUCUCCGGGCGGAUGAACCUCUACCUCGCAGCACACAUCCACCACAUCGAGAACCUCGCCCCCGCAGCAUCAAAGGCUCUGUUCGAGAAGCUCUUUGAACACGCCACGCAGGAAGAGUACCGCGUCACGGUGGAGUGGGAGGAUGUUGGGGAUUUAGUUGUUUGGGAUAAUACGUGCACGAUGCAUCGUGCCAUGGGCGGGGAGUUUGCGUAUCGAUUUAGGAGGGAUAUGAGGAGGGCUACUGUUCAUGAUGGGAGUAGCCUGGCGUGGGGGUUGAAUGAGAGGACGGGGGUGAGGCAGGGGUUGCCGUGA